AAAAACCAAGACGGCAGAACACGACUCGACGGCGCGGAGCAGCCAAUCGCUCGCUCCGCGUUAUCUCGUCGCCUCCACCCCUCCGCCCCAUUCCCGCUGCCGCUGCCGCUGCUCCUCUCUCCUCUUAGCCCAAACACACCUCAGACCUCACCUCGCUCCCCGCCCCGCCGAUCUCUUCUCUUCUAGGCUCGUCGGCGAUGGCGGCUCCGGUGGUAGACGCCGAGUACCUGCGCCAGGUCGACAGGGCGCGCCGUGCCCUCCGCGCCCUCAUCGCCUCCAAGGGAUGCGCCCCCAUCAUGCUCCGCCUCGCAUGGCAUGAUGCUGGCACGUAUGAUGUGAACACAAGAACUGGUGGUGCAAAUGGUUCAAUUAGAUACGAGGAAGAGUACACCCAUGGUUCAAAUGCUGGCUUAAAAAUUGCUAUUGAUCUCCUCGAGCCUAUUAAAGCGAAGCAUCCAAAGAUUACAUAUGCAGACCUUUAUCAGCUUGCUGGAGUAGUUGCAGUUGAAGUCACGGGGGGUCCAACUGUUGAGUUCAUCCCUGGAAGACGUGAUUCGUCAGUUUGUCCCCGUGAAGGGCGCCUUCCUGAUGCUAAGAAAGGCGCACCACAUCUGAGGGACAUCUUUUAUCGAAUGGGCUUAACAGACAAAGAUAUUGUAGCACUAUCUGGGGGCCACAGUCUGGGAAAGGCACAUCCUGAAAGGUCUGGGUUUGACGGUGCAUGGACUCGUGAUCCUCUGAAGUUUGACAACUCAUACUUUCUUGAGCUACUGAAAGGGGAAUCAGAAGGUCUUCUGAAGCUCCCUACUGAUAAGGCAUUGUUGGAUGAUCCUGAAUUUAGACGCUAUGUGGAGCUUUAUGCAAAGGACGAGGAUGCUUUCUUCAAGGACUACGCUGAAUCACACAAGAAACUUUCUGAACUUGGCUUCACACCACGGAUCAGUGGCGCAGCAUCUACAAAAUCAGAUGUUUCAACUGCUGUUGUACUUGCACAGAGUGCAGUUGGGGUAGCAGUUGCGGCAGCUGUAGUCAUCGCGGGCUACCUGUACGAGGCUUCCAAGAGGAGCAAGUAAGGGGUUUCAUGAGUUCUUGGAUGGCAUUGCCUUGUUUAGUAAGUAUCAAGUUAUUCUUAAAAAAAAAUAAGUGCCAGGUUCAAAUAACAAAACUCUAGUGAUGAACAACCAACAGCAGUCUUAAAAUAUUUCAAACAUUCUUGAGAACAUCUCCUUCAUGUAUACAUCAUACUUGAAUAUUUCAGUGACAAUGAAUGCUUACUAUUAAAAGCAUUUUUGGGCA